GCGCGCCGUGCGUCUGGUUGAAGCGCGCUCAUGGCUUUGUGCUGGCUCUCCGCUCUGGCCGCGGGGCUUUUCUGCGCACAUGUCCUGCAGAAACUUUGCUUUCCCUUCUUCUGGGCGGACGUGCGCUUCUUGCUGACGGUGAUCUGGUACGGACUGAUGCUGGAGCGCUUCAGGCUGACGCGCAGCGUGCGCACGGUCCUGGACCGCUUCAUCCAGCAGGCACAGCGCAUCCCCGACAAGCCGUUCGUGAUCUACGACGGAUCCGCGUACACGUACCGAGACAUCGAGCGACGCAGCAACAGGAUCGCCAACGUCUUCCUCCACACGGUGAAGCUGGCGAGAGGAGACUGCGCUGCCUUGCUCAUGGGCAACGAGCCGGACUUCCUGUGCGUUUGGUUCGCGCUGGCAAAGAUCGGCUGCUCGGCGGCUUUCCUCAACACAAACAUCAAGUCCAAGUCCCUGUUCCACUGCAUCAAGUGCUGCGGGGCCAAAAGUCUCAUCGUGGGCGCAGAUUUAGAAGAAUGUCUCAACGGGAUUCUUUCCAACCUUCUGGAAGAAAAUAUUCAGAUCUGGAUCAUGAAGAACCAGACUGAGCACCAAGACGUGCACACCUUGUUGGAUAAGAUAGAUGCUGCUUCAGAUCAGCCGGUACCGGCUUCCUUACGAGCUGCCACCUCCUUAAAAAUGCCCAUCCUUUACAUUUUCACCUCCGGAACAACAGGGCUCCCAAAGGCUGCAGUCAUUACCCACCUGCAGAGCUUGAAGGCAGCAGGUGGGUUUGUGGCACUUGGCGGUACUGCGGAUGAUGUGAUCUACGUUCCUCUGCCACUUUACCACACUGCAGCGUCCUUGGUCGGCAUUGGAGGAACCAUCGAACUAGGUGCAACCGUCAUCCUGAAAAAGAAGUUUUCAACCUCACAGUUCUGGAAUGACUGUCGGAAAUACAAUGUGACCAUUUUCCAAUAUAUUGGUGAAUUAUGCAGAUACCUCUGCAACCAGCCAAAGGCAGAGAACGAUAAGGUGCACAAAGUGAGGAUGGGUGUUGGGAACGGGCUGCGACCAGAUGUCUGGCGGGAGUUUCACAGUCGCUUUGGCAGCAUUCGUAUGGUUGAAAUCUACGGCUCCACUGAGGGAAACCUGUGUUUCCUUAACCACAUCGGGGUGAUUGGCGCCGUAGGCCGCUCAAACUUCUUCUACAAGCUGAUCUUCAAGUAUGAUCUGGUUAAGUAUGACCUGGUGAAUGAUGAACCAGUGAAAGAUCAGUAUGGGUUCUGCCAGCGAGUGGAAAAGGGUGAGACGGGGCUUUUGCUCGCGAAAAUCAACAUCACCUGUCCGUUCUUCGGCUAUGCAGGAAGCAAACAGUUGACUGAGAAGAAGUUAAUGAAAAACGUGUUCGUGAAAGGUGACUCGUACUUCAACACGGGCGACCUCAUGGCUGAAACGCACGAAGGCUUCAUCUGUUUCAGGGACAGAGUGGGAGACACCUUCAGGUGGAAGGGUGAAAACGUGGCAACCACAGAGGUGGCAGAAAUUUUUGGACUGGUGGACUUUAUCCAAGAAGUCAAUGUGUACGGAGUCAAAGUACCAGGUCAUGAGGGCAGAGCAGGAAUGGCCGCCAUGAUCGUGAAACCGGGCUCCUCAUUUGAUGGGGAAAAGCUGUUUGAGCACGUGGUGAGGGAUCUGCCAGCGUACGCUCGUCCUCUCUUCAUCAGGCUUCAGGAGGUGAUGGAAAUAACCAGCACCUUCAAGCAGCAGAAGUUCCAGCUCGUCCUGAGCGGCUUCAAUCCAUCAACCAUCUGUGAUCCCGUCUACGUGCUGGACUACCAGCAGAGGAGCUACAUUCCUCUAACAGACGCCAUCUACCGGAACAUCGUGUGCGGAGAACGCAAGCUGUAGACGCCAGCGGGUCUCAGACACAUGAGGACGUCUACGGUGUUUGUUAGAUAGUGAGAGGGUCACCAUCAGCUUCACUGUGUGUUUUUAAACACUCAAAAGCUGAAAGAA